AUGCAUCCUAAGAAAAGCUGUCCAGCAAACGACUCAAAGUGUCAUAAGUGUGGCAAGAUUGGUCACUGGGAAAGAGCGUGUAAAAGCACAGCGGUCAGUGAAGUCAGCCGAGGCACAGGUGAGAUCUUUCCAAACGAGUUUUUCCUAGGCGAAAUAGUCGUAGAAAGCAUUGAAGCUGAACCGUGGAAAGCAAAUCUUACGGUGAAUGAUU